AUGGCGCUCGACCAAUCGAGCAGCGGUUACGUUGCUCCGAGCAAUCUGUCCGAGGCACAGGGAGGAGCAGCGGCUUCUUCGCAACCUAUCUUCGACGUUCGACCUGUACAGCUUCAGUUUUCGCUCGGAGCGGACUUUGUGGCGGCGCAGGUGGCGAAUAAUGUUUUGAUUUUGGCCCUGGCGACUGGGAGGAUUCUCCGCAUUGAUCUGGAUUCCCCGGAGGACAUUGAUGAUAUUGAUCUUCCCAAGAAAUCCUCAGAGACCGGUCUUAUCCGACGCCUCUUUCUCGACCCCUCCGCUUCUCACCUAAUGAUAACCACCACCCUCGGCGACAACUACUACCUCCACACCCAAUCCCGCCAGCCCAAGGCGCUGUCGCGUUUAAAGGGCUUGAUUGAAAGUGUCGCUUGGAAUCCGUCGUUGCCCACUGCAUCUACUAGAGAGAUUCUAGUAGGAGUCACAGACGGACACGUCUAUGAAGUAUACAUCGAGCCGACCACCGAAUUCUACCGCCGCGAGGAGCGCUAUGUCACAAACGUUUACCGAGUCCCCGAUACCUCGAUUACUGGAAUCCAUGCCGAUUCGAUACCCGGGCGGCCUGAUCAAAGGGAAGUGAUCAUUGCUACACCUACAAAGUUGCUUCAUUUCUCUGGACAUGUUGGGCGACACGGGAAAGAGGGCGUUUAUGCCGAGCUGCUCCAACGAAACAGCCCUACUGUCCAUGAGGGAGGUGCAUCGAGCAAGUUAGCAGCGCCUUCUUCAUUGGCGGUUUCACCCAAUCCUGUUGAGGAUUAUCAUGGAGAAAGGCAGUUGUCAGAUCAGAGGUUUGCGUGGCUUUCGUCGCAGGGCGUGCUUCAUGGCUUGGUCGACCACAAGGCAUCAAAUUCCAGUAAAGCGACAGACAAUGCCAAACUGCUUCCUCGCUCGGCUUUCCCAGCGACUGAAUCUGCGCGAGGCGGGAAAAAGCUGAUUCAAGAUCCCAUCACUGCCAUCACUCUGUCACAAUGGCAUGUGCUUGCUUUGGUGGAAGGGCGAAUAAUAGCGGUGAACGUACUAAGCGGCGAGAACGUGUAUGACCAGUCGGUGCUCGAACCGGGUCAGAGCGUCCUUGGGCUUCUGAACGACCGUGCAAAGGGCACGUACUGGCUGUUUACGCCUCAGGACAUUUUCGAGGUAGUGGCCGAAGAGGAAGACCGAGAUUUGUGGCGCAUUUUUCUCAAGGAGCAGAAAUUUGACGACGCCCUUCGAUAUGCCCAGGGCUCGGCGCAAAAAGAUGCUAUUGCGACUGCAUCCGGCGACUACCUGGCUAGCAAGGGCAACUAUCUUGAAGCUGCUGCUGUAUGGGGGAAGAGCAGCAAGAGCUUUGAGGAAGUUUGUUUGACUCUGAUCGAUAACAGCGAGCAUGAUGCUCUCCGGAAAUAUCUCCUCACCCGACUUGGCAGCUACAAGAAGUCUGGUGUGAUGCAGCGGGUGAUGAUCACCAGCUGGCUCAUUGAGGUUUUCAUGGCAAAACUCAAUUCUUUGGACGAUACCAUCGCGACGAAAGCGGAACUGACAGAAGGGACCAGCACGGGAGAAUCCAAGGCACAGCUUGACGUCGUUCGAACGGAAUUCGAGGAGUUUGUUACGCGAUACAAGUCAGACCUCGACCAGAAGACUGUUUACGAUAUCAUCAGCAGCCAUGGGCGUGAGAAAGAGCUUUUAUUCUUUGCAAAUGUCACAAACGACUACAACUACGUCCUUUCGUAUUGGAUACAGCGAGAGAAAUGGACCGAGGCACUGAAUGUGCUCCAACGACAGACAGACCCCGAGGUCUUUUACAAAUAUAGUAGUGUCCUGAUGGUUCAUGCGGCUGCGGGAUUGGUAGAUAUCAUCAUGCGGCAGACAAAUCUUGACCCGGAGAAAUUGAUACCGGCCUUGCUCAGUUAUAACAAUGCGGUGAAAACAGCACUCAACCAGAACCAAGCAGUGCGGUACCUCGCAUUUAUUAUUGCAAACCAUCCUCGUCCUGCGGCGGCGGUGCACAACACUUUGAUAUCGAUUUAUGCUUCCAGCCCGUCCUCAAACGAAGCAGCGCUUCUGACGUAUCUCGAGUCACAACCAUCGGAGCCAUCUCCUUAUGACGCGGAUUUUGCUCUUCGGCUCUGUAUUCAACACGAGCGAGUGCAGUCUUGCAUCCACAUCUACAGCUCAAUGGGCCAGUAUCUACAGGCGGUCGAAUUGGCACUCAAGUACAACGACAUUGAACUCGCAGCGAUUGUGGCUGACCGGCCCGAGGGCAACGACAAGCUGCGAAAGAAGCUCUGGCUACUGGUGGCUGAGCGAAAGAUCCGACAACCAGGCACAGGGAUCAAGGACGCGAUCGAGUUCCUUCGCCGAUGCGAACUGCUCCGGAUCGAAGACCUCAUCCCGUUUUUCCCAGACUUUGUGGUGAUUGACGACUUCAAGGACGAAAUCUGCAAGGCGCUAGAAGACUACUCAAUCCACAUUGACGAACUGCGACAGGAAAUGGACAACUCGGCGCAGACGGCCGGCCAGAUCCGAGGCGAGAUUGCAGGCUUGGAUGCGCGGUACGCGAUCGUCGAGCCCGGCGAGCGCUGCUGGAUCUGCUCGCUGCCGUUGCUGAGUCGGCAGUUUUUUGUCUUUCCGUGCCAGCACGGCUUUCACAGUGACUGCCUGGGCAAAGAAGUGCUCGAGGGCGCUGGCGGCAAGAAACGAUAUAUCCGAGACUUGCAGGCGCAGCUCAGCACGGGGGACAUAACGGCGGGGCGGCGCGAGAAGAUUAUCAAGGAGCUUGACUCGUUGAUUGCAGAGGCAUGUAUCCUGUGCGGAGACCACGGGGUCAAGCAAAUCGACAAGCCGUUUGUUAGCGAGUCGGACAAUACGGGCGAGUGGGAGUUGUAG